AAACAAUUGUGUUCUCAUUUCCUUCGUUUCGUGCGCCCUGCUGACAACCGUCUCCGAUCGCAGUCUUUUUACUUCGGAUCCACAGUCGGACUAAUGCUUUGAUAUUUUUCAUCGGAUUUUCUUCAUCCAUCUUAAUCUUGGGUAAUUAUACGUUUAUUUUGUUUCUAACCAAUUGUUUCUGAUCAGACUCUUAUCCAUGUACCUAAUCUGCUUGCAUACUGAUGAUUCGUCGAUGGACUUUUAAAUACCGAAUUCUUUAUUUGAAGCCGUUUUCGGAUGAUAUUUACGUUUAGGUUUUGAUGAUUGUCAUCAACUUCACUAGGAUUUCAAAAUCUUAUUGUAUUUUUUAUCUGUUUGGUCAGAACCUUGGAUAUAAAUAAAUACCUUUUUUUUUCAUUUUCAGUGAUCCAGUGUUUAAUAAACUGCGAAGAUGGUGCGUAUGAAUGUAUUGAGUGACGCUUUAAAAUCUAUCAACAAUGCUGAGAAGCGAGGAAAACGUCAAGUUUUGAUCAGACCAUGUUCAAAAGUCAUCAUUAAGUUCCUGAAAGUUAUGAUGAGUCACGGUAAGUUUUAUAUUGUAAAUUCAGGUUUUCAUGAAUUGUAUUUUUUUGUAAAGUAAGAUUUAUUGUCUUUCUUACAUACCACUACAACUUCGUUAUUUUUCUAUUGAUUUAAUGUUCAAAUUAAUCAAAUGAUAAUUGAAAACAUUGGUAAAUUUGUUGUAUUUUGUUUUCUAUGUGUUUGUAGGAUACUGUGAUAAGUAUCUUCCUUCUUCUAACUGAGUUGAUUUUAAUAGUUUUUUAAUUUAUUUAUUAUUGUGUAAUGACUAAUGGCCAAUGAUAAAAGUACAUUAUUAUUUCACGCUUCCAAAAAAUAACAAAGUAUUGACUUUGAAGAAAAUGUUAAACCCUGUUUUGAAGCUUGGCAGCAUUAAAUAUUAUGUAGGUGCAUCACUUGAAUUUUAAUUUUUUAAAAUUCAAACUAAUGUGGAAUGAACAAAUAAUGUUUUAAAUUAAUUAAAUUUAAUGUUGCAGUUAUUUAUAUACCUAUUUAUAAAAAAAAAAAAUUAUCUGUAUUUUAAUUUUUUAGGAUACAUUGGUGAAUUUGAAAUAGUUGACGACCACAGAGCUGGAAAAGUUGUUGUUAACUUAACUGGUCGUUUAAAUAAGUGUGGCGUCAUUUCUCCAAGAUUUGAUGUACCCAUUAGAAAUAUUGAAAAAUGGACCAACCAACUUCUGCCAUCUAGACAAUUCGGGUAAAUAUAAAAUUUACUGUAGCUUAUUUAAUUAGUCUUUAUUUAAAAUUUUUAUUUCAAUUUUUUUUUUCUUGAGUUAUUAAUUCUCAUGAUAAUUUUGGUUGAUAUAUAUUUUUGAAAUAUUUUAUUAUUUGUACCUUAUAUUUAUAAUAAGAUAUAUAAUUACCGAAGUUGCUGUUGUCUUAGAGGAAUAAUUGUAGGGCUUACUGUGGAUUAAAUAUAAUACAGCCAGUCUUGCAUUUAUUCCACUUUGACUUCAGAAAAAUGUGUAACUGUGGCCUGGUUACUACUUAUGAAGAAUCUGGAUUGCACAUUUUUUUUGCACCUAGUCUUAUUUGAUGGAGUACUAUUUUUUAAUCUCGCAUAGCAUUAGCAUUUUGUUAAAAAGUUUACUGAAGGUAAAUAGUGAUCCUAUUUACUACAUUUUCAAAUAUAUUACCACUAUUUUCUGCUGCCCAGAGUAGUAAAUAAUACAUUUAUAUGGUGUUGCCCACCUUUUUUCUAUGUGUACACCUCUCAUGGUGGUACAUUGUAAUAGGAAAAUUACGUCCAAUAAACAAUAGGAAUGAUUAUUUUUUCAUUUUAUAAUCAAUUAAAUUACUUUGAAAAAUUAAGAUAAAAUUAUCUUAAUUUUUUUCUAAAAAUAAAAAUACUGAAUCUGAACUCUAAAUUUAUCUAUUGAGAAGUUGUACUUACAUAUUAUGUUGAGUAGAUACAAAUUUACUUUCAAAUUUAUUUAUUAUUAUAAUAUUACAUAAUACUUUUCAUCAGCACUAAAGGUAUACUUUCAUUUGUUAGCAAAAUAAAAAUUGUCAGUUUUAAAAUGUUAUUAUUUUUCUUAUUAAUUCAUUGUACUUUUUUUGAGAUUUGUUCUUUAAAAACAUUAUAAAUGAUUUUUAUACUUCUGAUUAUUGAAGUAGUAUAUCCCAAUUUAUAUUUAAAAUUCUAAGUAUCUUUUAAUUUAUAAAAAAAAAUGUCAUUUUAAAUUAUUCCCUUAUAGACUAUUAUACAGGGUAUUCCAUGAAUAUAUACCCAUUGAAAUAUCUCCUAAAAUAAUCUAAUUUGGUUUAAUCAAAUUCCUUUCAGGGAUAAUGAUUAAACAUAUUUAUAUUUGAAUUAAAUUUGUAUGUUUAGGUAAAUAAAUACAUUUAUUUUAUUAUUUUUGAAAAAUUUGAAGAUAACCAUUUUGUUAGUUUAUUCUUCUAAAAAUGUCGACAGAUUAUUUUUAUUAAAUUUGUGUUUUAAUAAUUUCUUUAAGUUGAGAGAAAAAUAUCUUUAACUUAACAGCGAGUUGUUAUCAAAUUCAUAAAUUGUUUUGUUAUUAUUAUUAUUAUUAUAGCUAAUUGACUACACCUUUUUCUUCCGAACUUAACAAUUUCAAAUUUAUGAAAAUAAAAAAUACAUCAAAUUUUUCAGAAGCUUUAUAAAAUAAAUAUUUAUUUAGUCUUUUUAAAUUGAAUCCUUAUUCAUGUAAGUCAUAAAAAAAAAAAAAAAAAACAGAAUUUGAUUAUCUUAAUUAUCUCUGCAGAUAUUGCAAUGUGUAUAUUUUUGUGGGGCACCUGUACAUGGAAAAACAUAAAUAAUUGUAAAAAAAUUCAUUACUCAUUAACAUUGGUGUCAAACAUUUCUGUUUAUAUUAAUAUACUUAAUUUGUUGAUUUAUGCCUUGUUAACAAUCAGUCUUACUAUAAACUCUUAUUAUUCAUUCUAUUUAUUAAUUGUUAUUUAAAAAUAAUGUUCUACUUUAUAUUGUUUUCUUAACAAUUUUUUUUUUUAUUUGUACACUAUUAAACUAUUCAACUUAUGUCAACUAAUUUGUAUUUAUUUUUAAAAUCUUAGUAUAUAUUUGUAAAAUUAAACAUAUUCAACAAAAGUGUAUCUUAUUCUUGAAACAUAAUAUAUUCUAUAAAGUUCUAAGUUUGGUUAGGUACUUUUUGAAUAAGAAUGUUAAAUAUGAUAUAAAUAAAAUAGUUUCAUAGAUUUAAACUUAAUUUUAUUUUUAUUAACAUAUAAAUUUAUGAAUAAUAUUUAUUUUAAGAAGAAUGAACAUCAAUUAUGCAAGCUAUGGUCUUGGAACUUUGCGCUUAGUAGUAAAUUUCCUUAUACAGGCUUGCAAAAUAAAAUACUUUCAUUAUUUUCAAAUCUAUUGUGCUUACAUGUCUUUACAUUGCUAACUUGUAUUAACAAUAUUAUUUAUAAUUAUUUAUCAAAUUACCCUUUCACUUAAAUAACAAAUGUAAAAAUUUAUAAAUUCAGUGUAUUAUACCAUGCAAGCUAUGGUCUUGGAACUUAGCAUUUUUAUGUAAUUUUCCUUAUACGAGCUUGCAAAAUUAAAUACUUGCAUUAUUUUCAAAUGUAUUGUACCUACAUGUCUUUACAUUGCUAACUUGUAUUAACAAUAUUAUUUAUAAUUAUUUAUCAAAUUAUCCUUUCACUGAAAUAAAUAACAAAUGUAAAAAUGUAUAAAUUCAGUGUUUUAUACCAUGCAAACUAUGGUCUUGGAACUUUGCAAUUUUAUGUAAUUUUCCUUAUACGAGCUUGCAAAAUAAAAUACUUGCAUUAUUUUCAAAUGUAUUUUACCUAAAUGUCUUUACAUUGCUAACUUGUAUUUACAAUAUUAUAUAUAAUUAUUUAUCAAAUUAUCUCUUUAGUUAAAUGAGUAACAAAUUUAAAAAUAGUAAAUGAAAUUGAAAAUUAUUAAAUCAUUGUUGUGUAUCUUGCAAACUAUGGUCUUGGAACUUUGCAAUUUAGGGUAAUUUUUCCUUAUAGGAGCUUGCAAAAUAAAAAAAAAUACAUUAUUUUCAAAUGUAUUAUACCUACAUGUCUUUACAUUGCUAACUAGUAUAAACAACAAUAAUAUUGUAUAACAUUAUUAUUUAUUAGUUUUUAAAAUUACUUAUGUUUUUUUAUUCUUGAUUUUUUCAUUGAAUUUUGUUGUUUUCUGUGUUGUAUUUGGAUCAUUAUGUUGAUUCAUGUUUUGAUAUUAAUUUAUUAUUUCCAAAUAAAUUUUAACUAAUGUUAAAUGCUUGUUAAUGUAUUGAUAACUUUUAUGAAUAUGAUUUCCAAUGAAUCAUAAUUUUUAUCAUAUUAAUGAAAACCAGCUUAUUAUUGAACACUAUAAAUAUGAUACUGUUUGUAUAAUAGCUUAUUAGUUGGUCAAUUAUCAAUACUUAUUAAAAUGUAUUAAAUAACUUUAUUUGUUUACAAAAAUAGCUUCAGUUGUAAUUAAAUAUAUGAUAUAUUAAUAAUAAUAAGAGAUUUAUUAUAAAAAUUCUAACAUUGAUUUAUUAUUUCAUUCAUUAAUAAAUUAAAUUAUACUAUAUCUUAUGUACAUAAUAUUUUAUUUUUCUGUUUUUACAUUCAAACAUGAAAACAAGAUAAAUAUAAUAAUAAUGUUAAAUGAUUUCUCACAAAUCUGCUAAAUAAAAGUAUUUUAUUAUUUUUAAAUAGAUUUUAUUCUCAUAAUCAUGAUAGUUAAACUUAUGCUUAAUUUUUUUAUAUAAUCAGAUAUCAAAUGACUUGUAGUUGUAUAUUUUACUUAUUUUAAGUUUGUAUGAUAAUAUGUACCAAUGUUACUUGAUAGGAAUACUUGUCUGUAAAAUAUAUAUAUAAGUAAAAAGGUUGUUGAGAAAUAAAUUAAAUGCUUGCAAAAAUAAUCUUUAAAAUUUAUGAUUUGUAUUUUAUUGUUACAGAUUUGUAGUAUUGACCACCAGUGGUGGUAUUAUGGAUCACGAAGAAGCAAGGCGAAAACAUUUAGGAGGCAAAAUCUUAGGAUUUUUCUUUUAAAUUGUACGUUUUUAUCCUUAAUAUUAACAACUAAUAAAAAAAAUGUACCAUUACUAAACAAAUGUUUUUAUUUUUGACCAAACUAUAAAUUAAAUCAGUUUUGUUCUUUAUAUUUGCAAAUAAACUUUAUUAUGAAAUAUAUAGUAGGCCGUUUAAAAUAAUUUAUAUAUGUGAUAUAAAUUAUAGGUAUUCAAAAUUAUUAUUUUUAAUUUAUCAAACUUCAAAGUAGAAAAAAAACUGAAACUGCUGAUGCGUAUGUCACUGUUGGUAAAAAGUUUGAAAGGUAGGAUAGUAAUACUAUUUAAUUUAUAUUCGUAUGCAAUAAUAUAACUCAUAGAUAACAUUCAAUUCUGAAUGAAAUUUGGUUAAACAUGUUUUGAAGCGCUAUGAUAUUUACUAUUCAAUGAAAUUUGAAUUUAAAAUGUUUAUAAAAUAAUUACCACACAUUAUGCUAAACUUUUGACCAUUAAUUCAACAUUUAAUGAAUAUCUUGUUGAAAUUUCAAGUAUUUCUGUUUAGCCAUAAAAUUAUAUUUACAAAAAAAAAUAAUAUGCGAAAUGUCACAUAAUUUUUACAAUUUUUGUCAACUAAUAACUAAGAAAACUCUUUAAUAUAUACAUUAUGAAAUGUGCCUGUC